AUGACGCCUGUUGUCCCGACCCCAGCCAAGCAGUCAGUCGCCUACCCGGUCAGUGGUGGUGGUUGCUGCCUGCGACGGGCGCUGGUUGGAUGGUUGGUUCGUAGCCAGUGGGCCAAGGACGCCAAUCUAGAGCUAGCUGCGACGAACCCUGAACUGGCCGGGCUGGCUCAGCAAAAGCGAACCAAUCCCCCAACGCGACUGGCCAAAUUAGCCCGGCUGGCUUGGCCUGCGUUUGCCAAAGCCAAACCCCAGAUGGGCCGUGCGACGAACCCCGGAGCCUCUUGA